AUGGCCGAACAGCUCGUUGGUCUGCUUCGGGGCGUCACCAAGGUGGCCAUAAUUGUGACCCUCCUCCUCGUCACCCUCCCGCCAACGGCGAUCUACCACGUCUUUACAUACCUGUAUAGGCGGCCACCAUACAGCCUCAAGCGGCAUGUGAUCGCCAACCUCAUGCGCGUCGCGGGCACAAACGCGUCGCGGGUCACCCUCCCUCCCCGCGACGCGACGGCAGCGAUGAUUCCCAAAAACAAGUACACAACGUCGCCAGAGUGGACCGUCGAGGUCCGCAUGGUCCAGCCCUUGGAUGCCGACGUGCCCCGUCUCCCUAUCAUUAAGCAGGUCGGGGAUAAGGUCAAGGGGGCUCCGGUACCGGUAUUCAUGGUUGCCCCGGCAGGAACUGACCUCUUUGCUCGGGCAGCACCGGGAGAGCGAGUGGUCCUCCAUACCAUCGGCGGUGCGUAUGUCGGUGGCCAUCCACUGUCGGAACACAUCGUCUUCAACAUGACCAAAGUCAUGAAAGGCCGUCUGUGUACAGUCAACUAUCGCAAGUCGCUCGACGACGCCAGCGCGUUCCCCGGGUCGUUGCUCGACAGUCUUGCGGGAUGGCAGUUUCUCAUCAAGCUGGGUUUCGAGCCAAAGAACAUCACUCUUGCUGGCGAAAGCGCGGGCGGGAACGCAUGCCUUGCGCUCAUGCGAUACCUCGACGACCUCCAGCAAUCUGGGUAUGACAAACUGGGUCUUGCAGGCGGCAUGCUCUUGUCGGCACCAUGGUCGGACCUGACCUCGUCGUUUCCCUCCAUCCAAACCAACAAGCACAGCGACAUUCUCUUCGACCUUACCGCCGCGUGUGUACCUUCUCAUAUCCGUCAUUACGGAAAGGGGGCCGCACGCGGCCCGUACUUCUCCCCGGCGCUGCACCCGAACGACGAGCAUUGGCGUCACUUGGCGCAAGCUGGCGUCAUUGUGCAUAUCAAUGGUGGCGACGCUGAGGCCUUCUUUGACGAGAUCAGCAGCGUUGUUCGGGCUAUGAAGACGGCUGGCGUGGACGUGACGUUCCUAAAGCUCCCCAACGGAGUACACACCGACUAUGUGUUGAAGGAUCUCGGAAUCUUGUCGCCUGACAUCGGGUAUACUUGGCCUGCAGUCAAGCAGGAUUGGAUUGAAUACUUUGAGGCUUUGGACAAGAGGGGAUAUUAG